AUGCUCACUCUUCCAUCACAAGAAUUAUCUACUUCAAAUAAGAUGCCUUCAGAAUAUCUAACUGAUUAUAACAAAUCGAUCAAUCAGUCUGAUUGUCGUUCUCCUUGCACUUCAUCAUCAGCAACGUCAUCAUCGUUGUCAACAUCACCUCCUGUAUCUCAUGCCAUGUUUAACAACGAAUUAACAUUGAAUUCUGCAUUCAAAUCACAAAUUCAUUCAGAUCAAUAUAUCCGACAAAACAAUGAAAUCACUGUUCCUGAGGAUAGAACUUGUUACAAUAAUCAAAGUAAAAUGACAAUAUCUCAAUGUAAAUCAGAUCUAAGGAAUUCAACUCAACUCAACAACUGUAAUACUACAAAUCAUAAUGAUUAUCCUAUUGGUGUCUAUGAGAAACAAGAAUAUAAUUUUCAUUCUAAUAAUUUCUUGAACACUGAAAACAAGACACUUUGUUUCAGCUCUGUAUCAGAUUGUUUCAUUGACACCCAUCACCCUACCUGCCUAUCAUAUUCACUACAUAAUAAGUAUAAAAAUAAUUCCCCUGAAAAGACAAAUCAACGCCUCAAGCCAGAAACAGAAUUCAGUAAUCAGAAUAAUCUCUCAAUAGUUGAUUAUAGACGUCAGUUGUUUGAUAGUAAUCAUAAACAAAAUAGGACAGAGCAAAACAGUUCCUCUUCAUUGAAUUCUGAAGUUUUUACAACAACAUAUACUAGUUCACCGUUACUAGGUGUUAAUAAAGACUACCUUGAGAAUCGUGAUGCUAAUGAAGAUAUGAAUAAUUCUUUAUAUAAUUCUGGUAGAUCCAAUUAUUCUUUUGAAGAAAAUGAAAUGAGCGGAAUGUAUUCAGUUGAAAAUACAACUCUUAGAACAACAAUCCAAACGAAUUCAUUAUUAAAUCAACAUGGACAUAGAAAGACUAUGGUGAACUAUGCAGGAAUAAAUGUAAAAGAUACCAAUUUGUCAAUGAACCAUUUUCUUCCUAAGACUAGUCAAGAAUGCGUAAAAUGCGGUGAACAAAUCUACUCGAAUGGGAAACCCGACGGCACAGGUCAUUACUUUUGUAAUCGAUGUAAUCAGCAGGAGCAACAACAGCAGCAACAACAACAACAAGAACCACUUAGACAGAAUGGAUACGAGAGAAUAGAAAAUGCAAAAGCGUAUGAAGAUGGUGUUAAUUUUGAUGAUGAAGAUGAAGAGGAAGAAGAAGAAGAGGACGAAGACGACGACGACAACGAUGAAGAAGAAGAAGAUGGGCCUACAGAUUCGACAAAACUCUUUCUAACCGGUUGGACACCUAUAUCAAUAGCUAAAAAUCAUUCAAACACAAGUCUAACAUCUAAGGUUUCCAUGGAGAAUGAGGCCAAACCAUGCAUAACAUCGAACAGAACCAAUUGUUGUGAAAUAAAAGAGAAUAAUUCAUUAAUUAAUUAUGCAGUGAAUAAUGAAUCUAAUGAAAAUAAAUCAAAUUCAUUUGAACCAUUUAAUGAAUCUUCAAAUAAUCUAAUUCAUGGUUCGAAAUUUGUAUCGAAUACACCAUUUUCUUAUUCACCAUUAUCAUGUAGACGUGCUUUCCGUAGUGGUAUUGGAAAAACUGUUACAAAUAGAAAACCACAAACUAACAGAAGAAUUGGAUUGAUUUGUUCAAAUUGUGAAACCACGAAGACCACAUUAUGGAGACGUAAUAUUGAUGGAGAGCCGGUUUGCAACGCAUGUGGACUAUAUCAAAAAUUGCAUGGUAGAACUCGUCCAACAUCAAUGCGAAAGGAUGCAAUCCAAACAAGGAAAAGAAAAUCAAAGAAAAGAAAAGAUUAUAGCUUGACAGUAGCUGUUGCAGCAGCCGCUGCAGCUGCAGCGGCAUCAGUAGUAUCAGUGAAUACAUCGUCAUCUUCAACACCUGUCGUGCCGACAUUAACAAAUCCUUUUUAUUGGAGACCUUGUCUACCGACUGAAUUACGUCAACCAGAUAAAAUUUCAGUUUUUAAUCCUAAUUUGUUCUGUUCAAAUUCAACUGAUCCACAUUUAUUACCGAUGGCUGGAUCAUUUUCACGAUUUCAUCCAGAGCAAAUGCGAAAUAGAUAUUCUGACGAUUCAGUAUGUUCUCCUACAUCUGAUCAAUAUGACAAAUCAUUCAGUCAAUAUGAAAUGAUCAAUAAUAACAAAAGUAUCUUUGAUAAAAAAUCAGCCUACUCUAUAAACUUUUCAAAUCCAAUCAAUUCAGAGUCAAAUAAUUAUGCUGAUUAUGAGAAAUCGACACUAAAUAAGCAGAACUAUCAAGCUGAAUUAACUUAUCAGUUACAAAAGCAUUUUUCAAUACAAUCAAAUCAGUUAGAUAGUCAUUCCAGUACAUGUUUGAGUAAUGAUAACUUAUGCUUGUCUGAAUCUAUGAAUUAUCAACAGGUUCAUCGACAAGACCUUCAUCCACCAUUCUCAUCCUCUUUACCAUCAUCAAUAUCAUCGAAUCAUCGACAUUGUGGUUAUUCUACUUAUCAAGAAAAUGAACGAUAUAACCAUUAUUCGCAUUAUCAUGGACCUUUAAUGAGCAUACAGAAUAAUUUAUUAUUAAAGUCAUUAAAUGAAAAUGAAAAAAAUUCUCAUAUCAUAAAUGAACAUCAUGUCGAUCCUCUUACAACAACUUUAAAUAAUGACAACAGUAAUAGGCUAAAUGACUGCAGUAUACUUUCACCUUAUAGACUACACUUGCAUCAUCCAGAACAGCUUCGACAACAACCAAAUCUUUUUAAUCGAUCAUCAGAAAUAAAUCCGAGACCGCUAUCAUAUUUUCCAACACAAUGCACAAAUAACAAAAUUCUUUGGAAUAAAUCAUCGUCAUCAUCAUCCAACAACGAUAAUCAAGAAAGUUUAAAUCCCACUAACAAUAUGCACUUGUUAAAACAACAACAAGAACAAACUUAUGGGUCAAGUCGAUCAAUAAAUGAUUACUUGGAUCAAAUCUAG